AUGCCAAAGGAGAAAAAGAUCGCAUACCGAAAAUGCCACCAGUGCCGAAAGGAUAGACAGAAACCCGAGAAUUUCACCAAGCCUACCAACUACGACACCAUCAACUUCGCCUCAAGCUCGACCUCGGAGAAGCGAGAUCCGCUGGACCUCGGAGACCUGCGGCAGCUGUCCACAUCACACUCAUGCCCUCUGCUGCGGGAUAGUGAUCGCGGUGGUGCAAUUGCCGGAUUUUUGGACGUAACUCUUAGCGUUGUGGUGCAAGAAACCAUGGCUUGGGCACGGCAGUACGAAGCCGAUGGGCGAUACAGAGACGCGGAAUACCUGUUUCGUCGAGUAUCUUCUGAUAGGAACAUCUCAAUGGAGAGUGUGGACCUGUAUCAAAGUGAAGAUGUCCUGCCUACCCUAGUCUCAGUCUACGAGAGAAUGGGCGAUUAUCCAGCAGCAGAGAUGGCCCAAGAAACGCUACUCAGACGCCUCUUUGCAGAAAAUCCGAAACAAUUCAGUGGUGAGCAGAUUCGAGAGGUCAAUGCCUACUCGAGACUGCUCUCCUAUUUCCGAAAACGAAUUCUUGAUUUCCCAGCCGGUGGCCGAAUGCCUUUUCCAGCAUACAUAGACUUGUCCAUUACCCAUCGAGCCGCGGUGUUGGACAUUGUCCCCCUCAACGAGGCCUUGCUUGAGCAGGGGCUGAUCCCACUCGACCAUGUUGCACCUUUCUAUACUUCUUUGCAUAUUGCUGUGAAAGAAAAUGCCCUCAAUUUAGUCCGUUUACUCAUCAGCAAGGGUGUUGUUUUAGAGAGUAUAGGUAUCAUGUCCGACAGGCCUCUGCACAUAGCGUCAAAAUUUGGCACAAUUCCGAUGAUCGAGCUGCUUCUGCACCACGGUGCUGAUACUGCGGCUAGAGACAAUUACGGUAGUACGCCAUUACAUCGAGCUCUGACUAGGAGGCCAACGGAACAACAAGAAUUGAUCCUCUCGAUUGUAACUAUAUUGAUCGAUGCCAAAGCGAAUACGGAGGCUGGAGACCGGUUGGGAGCGACAGCCCUACACGCUGCCAUUUAUCAAGAUUUACAGACAGUGGCACGCUAUCUACUUGAGCGAGGGGCCAAUGUUGAAGCAUCUGAUUACCGGGGGGAUACCUUGCUUCUCGCAGCCGUAAAAAACAAAAGAGAAUGGGCAAUAAAACUAUUGUUGGAAAAGAAGGCGCAGGGAGCUACGGCUCUAUACGUCGCCGUCAACCAGGGCCAGGAGUCGAUAAUCCAGACUCUGCUCGACCAUGGCGCGAUGACCAGGACCACAGUGGACGAGCAAAACUCACACGAGGAUACAGUGUUACAUUGUGCUGUCGGCGCAGCCAACGUAGCCGUCAUCGAAAUGCUGUUGAAGGCCGGCGCAGACAUCUACGGACGAGAUUACUUUGGUAACACAGCGCUACAUGCCGCUAUCCUAGAGGGUCGAGAAUCCAUAGUGCAGCUGCUUCUGGACUUCGACGCUACCCAGAUGAACUCUGUAAACUUUUCAGGAAAUACAGUGUUGCAUCUCGCUGUCGUUUUGCCACGUCGAAGUAUGAUUCCAAUCCUCCUCCGACAUAUCAAACCCGACAAGCUACCUAUCAUAUGCCAAAUGAGAAACAAUCUGGGCUGGACGCCACUUGAUCUAGCUCGUAAUCUAGCGGACCGCGGAAAGGAGUAUAGCGACGAAAGAUCCAUACUGUACCUGCUGGAGAACGCUUUGAAACUGAGCCAUUCCUUUAUUGAAAACAAAAAUUGA